AUGAGAUUCAUUCCACAUCCGACGAGAUUGCUGAUAAAGAACAAAGAAACAAGAGCUCUCCAGAAGAUAAGGAUGGUGGAACACGAGUCAUACUUAACCGAUAGAACUGUCAAACCACUCAAAGUCACUCCAUGCAGAACAUCUGGUUGUAAAUGCUCAACUACUGCUUGCAAAAACGUGAGAGCAAAACAGGAGUGCCCGGCCGAUUGCAAGAAAUCAUGCAAAAAUCAAAAUUUCCGCCAAAACAGAUAUUGCCAUUUCACCAUAGUUGAUGCUGGUGAUAUGGGAAAAGGCGUCAUUGCAAUCAGGGAUAUUCCAGAAGGAAGCUUCAUCUGUGCUUACACAGGAGAAAUCAUCACUCAGAAGGUUCAUGAGCAACGAGUGAAAGAAUAUGCCGAAGCGGGACAAGAACACGAUUAUAUGUUCCAAGCCGGAGCAUAUUACAUUGACCCCUUAAAGAUCGGGAAUGUCGCAAAGUAUGUGAAUCACAGCUGUUCUCCAAACAUGGUUGCGAUGCGGUGGAAAAUAGACGGCAUGGACAGACGAUUCCGAGCUAUCGGUUACUUCGCCGAGGAGUUCAUUAAAGCUGGGACUCCACUAACUGUUAAUUAUCAAUUCGACUAUGACGAAAAUAGAAAGCCAUGUCUGUGUCGUAGCAAAAACUGUUUGGGAAACAUGGGAAAAGGUCCAAAGAAGGAGAAGAAAACGGUGGUCAAGAUGACUCUGAAUAAGAACAAAAAGGAGAGAAGGAUCCGCAAGAUCAACAGAAAGGGCCAAUUCAAAAAAUCUCCGAAAAACAGAACCAACUUCGGAAGAGCUCCUGUCAGGCAGCCAAACAAUGAAGAAACGGACGAAAACAAAAUCAUUGUGUUGGAAAAUGAACCUCACGAGUAUCCGACUCAGUUUGAAAAUGCUAAAAUCCCUGUCUGUUUUGACCGCGUGCUUCCAGACAAUCCAGCGGGUGUCGUCGAGUUUCAGUUCUCUUCGUUGUAA